CCAGAUCAGUUUUUUCAAAUUCCCAGCCAUCUCUCUCGCCGGAAACUCGGCCCUUUCAUCUUCUCCAUCGAUUUUCCGGCCAUAACUCCCUCUCCCGACCUUCAAAUCACAAACCGCGAACGCCCCCACGCUCCUGGCGUCAAGGAGCACAUUCCCCAAAGAUUUGGGCUUGUUUGGCCGAGGUUGGGUCACCGGCGGUGAGUUUUCCGGCGAGUCUCCGGUGUGUUUUCCGGCAACUUAGGGUGCCUUUUUCCACUUUCUUCACCUCUCUCGUGGUCUCUCCUUGCGUCUCCAGGUGUGUUCUCCUUGUCUUUUCUUUUAUUUAAUGGAGAAUCGAUACCUAGAGUUAGGUGAAGAACUUUUGAUUGUGGAAUGGUUUGGGGAUGAUUGGGUAGGCCGAUGACGCUAUUUGGUUGUUCUAUUUUUGCCUCGGGAUUUCAGUCAUUCGGCCUACCAUUUGCAUGUUGCAUUGUAUGCGGGCUAGAAUGGUUUUUGUGUGGUGGAUCGAUUGGUGCUUAUUUAGUACGGUUUUGGUAUGCUUGUUUCCCCGGAGGCCUAGUCCACUGUCCGAAUCGCUCGAUUUGAGGGUCCCCGGUGUGUUCUGUGGUGUAAUUCUCGUGUGAUGGGUAUGCUUGUUUCGCCGGGAGUCUAGUCCACUGUCCAUAUCUUUUGAUAUGAGGGCUCCCGGUGUGGUUGUGGCCUAACAUUGACCCCGUUUGCUUGUGUACCCUUUGUACUCCCUUGUUUUUUGCAGGAUCAUGGAGGUUUAUCUCGACCAGCUGAGCAUCACCCAGCGCCAUAUGCUGCGGAACCUCCGUAACCGCACCAUCGCCGAGCACCUACACCUCGAUUUUGAGGUGUUCGAGGCGCUUCAUGCCAGGCCACAGAUGGAGGCCGUGGUCCGCACCUAUGGUUGGAGGCGUCUUCUCACCCUCGCCGAGCCGACCUACAAGGAGCUCGUCUGGGAGUUCUACGCCACCUUCCACCACAACUGGAAGGGGAACUCCGACCAUGCUGAUGCAGUUCAAUUCACACUCGGCGGGGUGGAGCACUCCCUCAGUUACUGGGAGUUCGCCAAUGCGCUUCGUCUCAAUUCCCGGGCGUCCGGCGGGCCGCCCCUACGCUUGGACCUCUCCGAUCCCACCGACUUCGCUUCCCAGGCUUACUUUCAGCGCAUUUUCCUGCCGAACAAUGUGGAUGAAGAGUACGUUGCCAGCCAGACGCGGGCCGCUCUCCUCCGUCCGGAGUGGAGGAUCCUCAACCACUUGCUCUACACUUCCUACACACCCAGCAAAGGUUCAUCCAACCGGGUCACACUCCGGACACUCUGGUUCAUGGAUGCGAUGGGUCGUUCUGAGGACACCAUCCAGCUGGGCUCUGUGCUCGCCCGGACGUUCACUAAAGCCGCCAGCAGCCUGACUCACAGCCUUGUAUGUGGCCCAGUGAUCACCGCCUUGGCCCGCCACUACGGGGUUGACUACACGGGGAUGACGUUGGUACACGGGCCAACCCCGCUCAGCGAGGCUACUCUCCGUCACCAGCACAUGGUUGCUCGCCACGGGCGUGUGCACUGGAUUGCGGGCCUUCCUCAGCCACCUCUACCUGCAGUGGGCGACCAGGCCGAGUCGAGCGCCGCUGGUGGCUGCCGAGUUCCCCGUCGCGCUGUUCGUCGUGACCAGGCUCCCGCGAGCCCCUCUCUUGCUCCCCGGUCUCCUUCUCCAGGGUCUCCUCCUCCAGUGGUGAUUAGCCCACGACCAAAUUGACUGUCCUGGUGUGUCAUACCCCCUAGUCAGCCCUUUGAGCCGUGUGUUUUCCUUUCUUUCGGUCUUCAAUGGAAAGUCACCCUUUUGCAUCUUUUAGAAGGUUCCACAGAGUGUUUUUUACAUGUUUUCUGCUGUUUCUGCUAAACGUAAUGUGAGGGUUGGAGAUAGUGCUUAAAAGUUGGGCAGGUGUUUGAAUAUAUGCAGAGGUGGUGGUUCUCUUAAGAAAUGAAAAAUAAUGAA